GAGUAACUUUCAAGUUGCAGCGUAGCAGUAACUACCGGUGUCUGAGGCGUGAGGUACCUGGAGUUCAGGGAUUCCACCAGGGACGAUGACAGUUGACGAGUUGGUUUUCUUUGUGAAUGGCAGAAAGGUGGUGGAGAAAAAUGCAGAUCCAGAAACAACGCUUUUGGCUUACCUGAGAAGAAAACUGGGGCUGUGCGGGACCAAGCUUGGCUGUGGAGAAGGAGGCUGUGGAGCAUGCACGGUGAUGAUCUCCAAGUAUGAUCCUCUCCGGAACAAGGUCGUCCACUACUCUGUCAACGCCUGCCUGGCUCCCAUCUGCUCCUUGCAUCACGUGGCGGUGACGACGGUGGAAGGAAUAGGAAGCACAAAGACAAGGCUGCAUCCUGUGCAGGAGAGAAUCGCCAAAAGCCAUGGCUCCCAGUGUGGGUUCUGCACCCCUGGCAUCGUCAUGAGCAUGUAUACCCUGCUGCGGAACCAGCCUGCACCCACCAUGGAGGAGAUUGAAGAUGCCUUCCAAGGAAACCUGUGCCGUUGCACAGGCUACAGACCCAUUCUCCAGGGCUUCCGGACCUUUGCCAAGAAUGGCGGAUGCUGUGGAGGAAACGGGGACAACCCAAACUGCUGCAUGAGCCAGAAGAAAGGCCAAACAAUUACUCUCUCACCAUCUUUAUUCAAACCGGAAGAGUUCACACCCCUGGAUCCUACUCAGGAGCCCAUCUUUCCUCCGGAGUUGUUGAGACUGAAAGACACUCCUCGGAAGCAGCUGCGUUUUCAAGGGGAGCGUGUGACCUGGAUCCAGGCCUCCACCCUGCAGGGGCUGCUGGACCUCAAAGCUCAGUAUCCUGAUGCCAAGCUGGUGGUGGGAAACACAGAGAUCGGCAUUGAGAUGAAGUUCAAGAAUAUGGUGUAUCCUAUGAUUGUCUGCCCAGCCUGGAUCUCUGAGCUGACGGCAGUGCAGCAUGGGCCUGAGGGUAUCACCUUUGGAGCCGCUUGUUCCCUGAGCUGCAUGGAACAGGUCCUGCACGAGGCGAUUGCGGGCCUCCCUGCCCACAUGACCGAGGUGUUCAAGGGCGUUGUGGAGCAGCUGCGCUGGUUUGCGGGGAAGCAGAUCAAAUCUGUGGCCUCCAUUGGAGGGAACAUCAUCACCGCCAGCCCCAUCUCCGACCUCAACCCUGUGUUUAUGGCCAGUGGAGCCAAGCUGACCCUUGUGUCCAAAGGUACCAGGAGAACUGUUCGAAUGGACCACACUUUCUUCCCUGGCUACAGAAGGACUUUGCUGAGUCCAGAGGAGAUACUUUUUUCCAUCGAGAUCCCCUACAGCAGGGAGGGUGAGUUCUUCUCAGCGUUCAAGCAGGCCGCCCGGAGAGAAGAUGACAUUGCCAAGGUGACCUGUGGAAUGAGAGUGCUUUUCAAGCCAAUGACCACGGAAGUGUUGGAGCUGUCCCUUUGCUAUGGAGGAAUGGCGAACAGGACCAUCUCAGCUGUCAAGACUACUCAGAGGCAGCUGUCCAAGUCCUGGAAUGAGGAGCUCCUGCAGGAUGUGUGCAGAGAGCUGGCAGAGGAGCUGCACCUGGAGCCCAAUGCCCCUGGUGGCAUGGUAGACUUCCGGCGGACCCUCACUCUCAGCUUCUUCUUCAAGUUCUACUUGACUGUGCUGCAGAAGCUGGGCAAUGUCAACCCUGAAGAUAAGUGUGGCACGCUGGACCCCACCUUUGCCAGUGCCACUCUGCUCUUCCACAAAGAUCCUCCAGCCAAUGUCCAGCUCUUCCAAGAGGUGCCUCCUGGUCAGUCUGAGGAGGACAUGGUGGGCCGGCCCCUGCCCCACCUUGCUGCCAGCAUGCAGGCUUCUGGAGAGGCCAUGUACUGUGACGAUAUCCCUUGCUACAAGAACGAGCUGUCUCUCCGGCUGGUCACCAGCACCCGGGCCCAUGCCAAGAUCUUGUCCAUAGACACCUCAGAAGCCCAGAAGGUGCCGGGGUUUGUUUGCUUCCUGUCAGCUGGUGAUAUUCCUGGAAGUAACGUAACUGGAGUGUUUAAUGAUGAAACAGUCUUUGCAAAGGAUGAGGUUACUUGUAUCGGGCACAUCAUUGGUGCUGUGGUCACCGACACCAGAGAACAUGCCCAGAGAGCUGCUCAAGCUGUGAAAAUCACUUAUGAGGACCUUCCAGCUAUUAUCACAAUUGAGGAUGCUAUAAAGAACAACUCCUUUCAUGGAACUGAGCAGAAGAUCGAGAAAGGAGACCUCAAGAAGGGGUUUGCUGAAGCAGACAAUGUUGUUUCAGGAGAGUUCUACAUUGGAGGCCAGGAACACUUCUACCUGGAAACUCACUGCACCAUCGCUGUGCCUAAAGGAGAGUCAGGGGAGAUGGAACUCUUCGUGUCUACCCAAAAUACCAUGAAGACCCAAAGCUUUGUUGCAAAAAUGUUGGGAGUUCCAGCCAAUAGGAUUGUAGUCCGAGUGAAGAGAAUGGGAGGAGGCUUUGGAGGGAAGGAGACCCGGAGCACUGUGUUGUCUACCGUCGUGGCUUUGGCUGCACACAAGACUGGCCGCCCUGUGCGCUGUAUGCUGGACCGUGAUGAAGACAUGCUGAUCACUGGUGGCAGACACCCCUUCCUGGCCAGAUACAAGGUUGGCUUCAUGAAGAAUGGGAAGAUUAUGGCUCUGGAAGUGGAUCACUUCAGCAAUUCUGGAAACACCAUGGAUCUCUCUGAGAGUAUAAUGGACCGAGCUCUAUUCCACAUGGACAAUGCCUACAGAAUACCUAACAUCCGGGGCACUGGGCGGCUGUGCAAGACCAAUCUGUCCUCUAAUACAGCCUUUCGGGGCUUUGGGGGGCCCCAAGCGAUGCUCAUUGCUGAGUAUUGGAUGAGUGAAGUCGCAGUGACCUGUGGGCUGCCUCCAGAGGAAGUGAGAAGGAACAACAUGUACAAAGAAGGGGACCUGACACACUUCAAUCAGAAGCUUGAGAUGUUCACCUUGCCCAGGUGUUGGGAUGAGUGCAUAGCGAGCUCUCAGUAUCACGCCCGGAGGGUGGAGGUCGACAAGUUCAACAAGGAGAAUUGUUGGAAAAAGAGAGGACUGUGUAUCAUCCCAACCAAGUUUGGCAUAAGCUUUUCUAUUCCUUUUCUCAAUCAGGCAGGGGCCCUGGUUCACAUCUAUACCGAUGGCUCUGUGCUGCUGACCCAUGGGGGCACUGAGAUGGGCCAAGGCCUACACACCAAGAUGGUCCAGGUGGCCAGCAGAGUGCUGAAAAUUCCCGUCUCCAAGAUCUAUAUCAGUGAGACAAGCACUAACACUGUGCCCAACACCUCUCCCACAGCUGCUUCUGUCAGCGCUGACCUCAAUGGCCAGGCCAUUUAUGAAGCUUGUCAGACCCUCUUGAAAAGGCUGGAACCCUUCAAGAAAAGCAAUCCCAAUGGCUCCUGGGAAGACUGGGUCUCAGCUGCCUACUUCGACAGAGUGAGCUUGUCUGCUACUGGAUUUUAUAAGACCCCCAACCUUGGCUAUGAUGCUGCCAGCAACUCUGGGAACCCCUUUCACUACUUCAGCUACGGGGUGGCUUGCUCUGAGGUAGAAAUUGACUGCUUGACAGGGGAUCAUAAGAAUCUCCGCACAGACAUCGUCAUGGAUGUUGGCUCCAGUUUGAACCCUGCCAUUGAUAUUGGACAGGUGGAGGGGGCAUUUGUCCAAGGCCUUGGCCUCUUCACCAUGGAGGAGCUGCACUAUUCCCCCGAGGGGAGCCUGCACACCCGUGGUCCCAGCACCUACAAGAUCCCUGCCUUCGGCAGCAUUCCCACGGAGUUCAGGGUGUCCCUGCUGCGUGACUGCCCCAACAAGAAAGCCAUCUAUGCGUCCAAGGCCGUGGGGGAGCCGCCCCUCUUCCUGGCUGCCUCCAUCUUCUUUGCCAUCAAGGAUGCCAUCAGUGCAGCUCGAGCCCAGCGCUCAGGUUAUAAUGCCAAGCAGCUCUUCCGGCUCGACAGCCCUGCCACCCCUGAGAAGAUCCGCAACGCCUGUGGGGACCAGUUCACCACCCUGUGUGUCACUGGUACACCUGAGAACUGUAAACCCUGGUCUCUGAGGGUCUGAAGAGAAAGUACCCGUGGACUGCUUUUGCACCACAGUGGGACUUCUGUGGAGCAGGAAGUGUGAAUUGAAAAACCUAGAUGGAUCUGAGCAGGAUGGCAAAGCUGUGAUUCAUCAGAAAGACAUUUGGAAAAAAGGAAUGCAUUGGGAUAUUUUGAUCACAGAUGAUUUGCAAACCCAACGAUGAGCAAAUUCAGAACAACUCAGCCGAAGUGACCAACACGCAUUUCAUAUUUAGGCAUUUCAAGUCUUGUCUAAUCAUGCCUUUGUCACAGGUUAGGUGAGUGCCUGUCUGUGCUCACAGGUGCCGGCUAGCUCACACAACCUCAGGGGCUAGUGGUGUCUGUCUGUCCUCCAAAGAGGAAUCUUACAAACCUCUCAGACCUUAAACCAAAGUUACUCCGAGUCUGUGUGCCUUGGUCACUGAUGAAUUUUGUGUUAUAACCUCAGAUCUAUAUUAACAUUUUGCAAUGAAGCUGAAGGAUGAGAUUAAACUAGCCAUCUUGGAGUCACCGGGGAGAAUAAGGAAUGACACAAAUUCAAGACUAAUUGGAUCCAAUUUUGUUAAACUGCGUAAAGUAAAAUUGCCCUAUAACACAAAAAUCCAGCCACCUCUAUUAUUGACUACCUAUCUUGUGUUAAAUUCCUUCCCAGUCCCUUCUGUGUAUUUCAAAUAUCUGAUUUAAGACUCUUUUUCAUUUGAAGGCAGAAUAAUUUUCACCUAGGAAUGAUACUUUUGAAAUCAAUAUCAGCCAGAGGAAAAAGAAUUAAGGAGCCUGCGUUCUCACCGCGGUUCUCUCUGUGACCUUGGGCUGCCAUUGUCACUUCCUGGGUAGUUUUAGUGCAGAAUGAAAGGGUUGCUAAUCUCUAAGAUCUUCUUCCGCUCUAAGUCUAUAAAUGUAUGACCUGAAAACUCCAGUUAUGUAAGGGAUCUGCAGCCGUCAAAGACUCGGCUCCCUGAUUGUUAUGCAAGGCCUGGUCCUAGUGUACUCUGCUCAGAAUCCCCCAAGUGCCUGCUGCUGGUUGAGAGAACAGGUGACAGACAAGUGUCCCCUUUCAUUGUUCCAACAGGGGGCUUCCACACAGCAUAGCAGUGGGCAGUGUCAUGUUGUCAUGAGCUGUCACUGUCUGCAACACCAAGCCUGCCAGAAAAAGUCUGUGGUUCUGGUCAUGGAAGGAGGGCAGUGGAAAGGAUGUAGAGGUGAUGCUUGGUGUCACUAAUAAGUGACACUGUCAGCUGGUUGGCAGUAAGGAUUGCUUGUCAACCAUCAUGAUCACACCAAGUGAUGGUAGUAUCUUUCAUAUCUUAGCCAGCCUUCAUUUCUAAAAAAAGCACACACCAAACAUGUAUGGACACACAGUUUCUUUAAAAAUUCCCUUCUUGAAAAAAAAAAAAAACACUCUCUCUAGUUAUCUAGCUAUCUACACACAAGAUAGCUAACAUAAUUGUACUAAUUUCUAUUCUUUGAGCCUGGCAUGGCGGUGCAAACUUGUAAUCCCAGCACUUGGGAGGCUGAAGCAGGAGGAUCUGAUAGAAUUUGAGACCAGCCUGGGCUACAAAG